UCGCCGGAGAGCCGCGUCAAGAGCUAAUUAACACCAACAAUUAAAACUUUGUACUAUAUUUUAACUACUUAAAAUUAGUCUAGGCGUGUUUAUUAGUCUUAAUCUGUGGAAAUGUUUAACAGUCUUCUCAGGGACUUUGAGGAGGACCCGUUCCUCUCCGAUCCUUUCCGGGCACACAAUGACCGUAUGCACCAAAUGAUGAGGAAUUUUUCAGAUCCCUUCAGCCACGGACUCAUGCCCAGUCUCACAGAUGGCCGGGACAGAAGGCGUAGGGGAGAAGGCCAGACAGGCACAAGCGUAGCCCUCCGCAAUGACAACAGACAGGACGUGGAUUUCUUCAGGAACCCUUUCGCAACGAUGGACAACAUGAUGUCAAGCAUGAGGAGCCGAACAGAGCAAAUGCACAGAAACUUUGACAACAUGUCCACAGACCCCAGCACCCACGCAUUCAGCUCUUCAUCUGUCAUGACUUACUCUAAAGUGGGAAAUGAUCCUGCCAAGGUGUUCCAGUCUUCCUCCCAGACGCGCCACGCCCCUGGAGGGAUAAAAGAAACAAGGCAGACUUUAAGAGACACAGACAGCGGCGUUGAAAAGAUGUCCAUCGGCCACCACAUCAACGAGAGGGCACACGUCAUCGAGAAGAAACACAACAGAAAGACGGGAGAGAGAGAAUUUAACCAGGAUUUUCAGAAUAUGGAUGAUACUGAAGCCCAGGCCUUCGACGAUGAGUGGCAGCACAAGGUGUCCGAAUUCCAGCCUGCUGCUGUGCUGUCCCGUCUGGAGGCUCCAAGAGUCAGAACAGUCCACCGAGCAGCCAUCACCGGCCCGGAGCACACAGACAGAGAAAAACAAGAGAAGCCGAGAGAAGCGGGGAAGAAAACUCACGUCUCUGAGCUCAACAUUCAAGGCACCGGUGUGAGGAAAUAAUAGUUAAAGAAACUGAAAUAAAACUCUCAAAGCCAACGUCUGGCUGGCGGCUCG